CAUAACAUAAAACAUAACCUAACCUGUUAAAUUGAUGAAUGUGAAUUUAUGGAAGCCUAGAUGAACCGGUGAUACAAUUUAUAUAUUUUCAAUAUGAAAAAUUAUAAUUUAAAGAUAAACACUUUUGCACAUAAAUUAUUAGCAUUUUCAAUUAGUUUAAGUUACUUUUUUAUUGGAAUCGAGUGUAACAGACAGCUGAUUUAUGCUGUAAAUUGUGGAGGUGAAGCUCAUACGGACACGUUUGGAAUUCGAUAUGAAAGAGAUCCUCUACAUGGUCGCAUUGGUAUUGCUUCCGACUAUGGCAAACGCCUUCUAAUCGUACGAGUACCACCAAAUGACUAUAUUCUUUAUCAGACUGAAAGAUACCAUACAAAUACAUUCGGCUAUGACAUUCCAGUUAAUUCCGAUGGAGAUUACGUUUUAGUUUUAAAAUUCUGUGAAGUUUAUUUUAAUGCCCCCGACCAAAAGGUAUUCGAUGUUGUAUUGAAUGGUGACCAUACUGUAGUUGCAGAUCUGGAUAUAUUUGAGAAAGUUGGAAGAGGUGUAGCACAUGAUGAAUAUAUACCAUUUAAAAUUGCUAAAGGACGUCUGCAAGUUAAUGGGGAAGAGUCCGAUAUAAGAGGUGGAAGAAUUCGUGUAGAAUUUAUAAAAGGUUACAAAGAUAAUCCAAAAAUAAAUGCAAUGUAUGUAGUGAAAGGUAAGUUGGAAGAUGUUCCUAGAUUACCGCCAAUACCUAUUGAUCCAAGUCCUCUUGAAGAUGCCAAAGAAGAAAGUGAAACUAUUCAAAAAACUAGAAGACCGAGUGGUCCAAAACAGCCUGAUCCAUACAGUAUGGAUGAUACCUCACUUAUGUUACCUAUUUUUAUUGCAAUAGGAGCCUUUAUCCCUUUGUUGUUUUGUUUAUGCAAACUGUGAUCAAAUUGGUUUAAUGUGAUUUUUAUAUGACUAUUUUAAAGUCUUACAGCUCAAUUUUGACUGGUUAGAUGUAAUAUUUAUUAAUGAUAACUUCAGGUAUCAAGAGCAUCAUUUUAAGACAUAUGUAUUGAGGAAUAAAUUAAUUCAGAAAUAAAACAAUUAUAAGCAAAUUGUUACUUAAAACACUAAAACUUUAAUCAUAAAAUGUAACUUUUCUAAAUUAUUUUAUGUUUUGUAUAAACAAAUUUUGUCCUAACUCAAUGCAUACUUCACUAAAUAAUCUUGAUUUUUUUUGCACAGGUAUUAAUUUAAAAUAUUGUAAAUUGUUGGAAAUUAUAUAUUCGUAAAACAUAUGUCAACUAUCUAUAUUGUGUUUUUAGGAGUCCUUGGAAUGUGGUUUCCUUGGGAAGGAGUUUAGGAACCCUCUGGAACUUAUCUGCUUAAAUGUGGUUAUGAAAUAACCUUCUGAAAUAUUGAUACGUACUUAAAAUAUAUCACAUAUAGAAUCUUUAUUUUAGAUUCCAUUACUUUCAAAUUUCCAACAUUUAUUUUUCAAAUUUUAUUAAAAAUGUAUAAAAUGAUGCUCUUGAUAUCUGUUGCAAUUUAAGUUUUGUAUACAGUAUUGUUUUAAAUUAAUUUUAUAUUUUUUUGUGUAUUGUAUUUUUUUAAACCUUCACUGGAUUGUUGAAAACUUAUAAAAUUUUAUAGAAUGCCUAAAAUAUGUUUUGUUUAAUGAUACAUGGUAUAUUUCAUCUACUAUUAAUAAUUACAUUUAUGCAAUAGUGAAGUAGAUAACUUCACAGAACUAGAAGUUUUCAAUGGAACAACCAGUAUAAUUUGUACAUAUUUUAAAUGUAAAGUAAAGCGAGUUCCAAAAUUUGAUUACUAACAUUUUUACCACCCAAAUAUUUGUAACUUCAAAUCUCCAAAUUAAGGGAUUAAUAUCUUAUGAAAAAGAAAAGGAUGAACCAAUAUACAGGCAAUUUUCCACAACAAAUUAUUUGCAAAGCAUUUUUUAAUUGUAAAUUUUUUAUCUAUAAAUCAAAAAAUUCUGUCAUUGGUUAUAAAAUUCAAAGUUUUCUUUUUUGAAAUUCGGAAUCCUAAAAGUGGGUAUUAGUUAUUUUAUUUUGUAGUUAGGUCAAUUUAGUGAACUAUAAAUUUAUAAAUAGUUUUAAGUUUAUUUUGUUUUGUCUAAAAUCAAUAAAUAAAAUUUUUAAAUAGAACAAUAUAAAGUCAAUUCAAGGAUUUUUCUAUUUUAUAUACUGCUGUUCAAAAUUAUUGCAACACUCGGAAACCUAGACAUACAGAACUUCUAAUGUAUUAUCAUCAACUGUUAUUUCUUCAUAAAUAUUGUUUUAUCAGAUAUUAGAACUUAAGUGAUUGUAGCCAGGCUUGAUUUUUGGGGAGUGUACAAAUUUCCGAGGGGUUCGAGAGAAUAUCCCAAUAGUCUAGGGUCCUCAUCUGGAAAAUAUUUAAAAUUUAGUGUUCAGAAACUCACUUUUACAUUCAAUUUGUAUAAGAUCUGAAACAUUGUUUUACUGAUCGAGACUUAAGUUUAUUUGGAUUUAUUUUUAUAAAACUAUACACAAAUCUAAUUUUUUGAGUUUCAACACAAUAAAAUUUGGGGGGGGGGACUAUGUCUCUAUGCCCCUACCCCUUCUAAAAUAGUCUGAAUAUUUUUUGUGACAACAGAGAAUUACUAUUAUUGAAUGGUGCGAUAAUUUUGGACAGUAGUAUAGUAUUUUUUAACAGGCGAUACUAAGGGUAGCGCUAUAUUAGACAGAAAUUGAGGGGUCCAAUGCACAAAACCAGCCGAGUCAAUUUUUUGUUUUUGUAAAAAUUAGUUAAUAUGUUCUUGCAUAGUUUUAAAUUCUGAAUCGUACUGUGCAUUAACGAGUUGUCUAGCUCGAUAACUAAGCGUACUUUGAUGUAUAGUAGGUUGAGUACCCUCUCGAUACUGUGCAUAUAAAGGCCAAGUCAGAAAUUUGACUAGUUUAUGGACAUUGAUUUGACACUUCGGCAAAGGCCAUCAAACAAGAAAAAUAAAAACGUUCGUGCAUAGAAUAAAAUACAAAAAAAAACGUUAAAUAUUUUGUCCUUGAAACAUUUUUUAUCUCUCCUGAAAAUGGUUUAUACAUUAUACCCCUCAGUUGAACUGCCAAUCUUCAGCAGCAGAAAGUCUGGUGCAGACACAGAUUCAUUUUCCUACAUUGAGCAAAAGAUUUAUUGAGACGCCUGGUAUUUGAAUUUACUACGCAAAUAUCAGUUCAUUAUCGAUGGCUGAACUUCUGCCUAAUAUAGCGCUAGCUCAAGACUGCAUAUUUUAACAAUGUAAUGAAAAUGAUGUCAAAAUUUUGUAUACUCAAAAUAUUUUGAACUAUUUCGAUAGCUAAAAACUCUUUAAAUUAUAAUAACUUUGUUCACGGAGCCUCUCGUCCAGUACGCGACAGAUGAGCAUGCGCAUUUCGAUUUUUAGCAUUCGUGGAGCCAUAAAUCAGUGAUUUUAGCAAAAUUUCCAGCGUUUGCAGGGCACUUGUUAUUGUAUACAACAAGUUACCAACAAGUCAAAACGAUCAGCAAACAGCAUGGACAACUUGUCAGGACAUGAGUUGUAAGUACAUGUUUCAAAAAUAGUGAUCACAAAGAGAAAAAAAGAAAUAAAACAAAGACGAAUAGUUACUUAGUUUUUAAUGUUAACUGAAUGUCCAAACAAAUAAUGAAUUAAACAAUUUUUACAAUGUGUCUGUCUAUUCUAAAAACUGUCUUCACAAUUCACAGUUUUCUGUCUCACUUUCAUUUGUAGUUAUAUUUUUAUGAUAGUCAUUUUGGUACACAAGUCGUUUGAGAUGACUUCUUGUCAGGGUAUAAAAAUUGCAGUUGUGCACAAAUGUUUCUGAUUAUUUAUCAGCGACAAAUCGUGUACUGGUCGGCGACAAGCCCCGUGAGUAUUGCUCAUUUUAAAAAUAUGAAAAUAAUUUGAGUGAUAAAAUUUGAAAACAUUGAAUCAAUUGAGUAGUCUUAAAAAUGUUAUUAUUUGGCUGGGUACUAUACUAAUUAGUAUUAAUGGAGA